CACUCUGCAUUUCCAGUAAAUCGAUCGAUUGGUGACUUUUGGUGAAUCUGACUCUCGAGAACAUGAAGCUGAUUGUUUUUUGCCUCCUUGCAGUCUGUGCUGUGGCCGCAGCAGACAGAACACUGCAGAGGAGGAAAUUACAAGAAGUCCUGAGGCAGCUGAAGGAUGUGAAAGAAAACCUGCAGCACAACAAGACGAUGCUGAAUACUCCACCAGAGAAUGUUGAGGAUUGCUGCUGCCAGUCAGCGCUGGAGUGUUUCAGAGCCAACAUGCAGGUGCAUUUCAACAUCACAGAGAAAAAGCAAAGCAAACUCUACAGGAGCCUCAAGAAACCCCUCACUCUGAGCAGUCUGGACUUUUGUAAUUCAGGAAAUAAUAUGCCCACAUGUGACAAAUGUGAUGAGCAUCCUAAAGUAAAUGUCCAGGAAUUUUUCAAACGCCUGGAGUCUCUUAUUCAGAGGGGUAUAACCAGACUGACCAUGGACUAAAAAAGGAGAACCGAGCUGUGACCAAGGGCUGAAUGACACUGAGUGACACUACGCUGAAAAUAUGCUAAACAUAAAAGAAGUCUACAUGUUGUAGCCUUUUCAAGUAUUUAACUUAUUUAAUAUUUAUUCAGACAGUGGUGGGGAAUCCACCUGAACUCAUGACCAAUGUAUGUAUUUUCAGAAAAAAGCUGCUUUGCCGCCACCCAGUGGACUGGGCUUGGGCAGUUUUGUUUUAUUGCCUCUCUUUCAUUCCAAGUGAAAGGUGACUGUCAAUAUGCUGUUGUUCUCAAGGACGAUAAAUUAUAUCUAUUGAUGUUUAUACUAUGUAUGGUGUGCCUUAAUAGAGCCAUUCUGUGAACAAUUUGUGCCAUUUAAAUAAAGGUUAAAUAUUUUAUUAUUACACA